CUCUUUUACCUUCACUGCAGUUUGUGUAGAGGAAGCGAAAAGUUGGUGGAGUUAGCCUAUGGAAGAUAGCAUAGCUUCUUUUUUCAUAUAUAUUCAUUUUUAAUCCUUUUUACUUUCACUGCAGUUUGCGUAGAGGAGAGCGAAAGGAACUGUAUUUCAAGAAUCUUUCCAAACAAAAACAAAUCAUGGAGAAGAAUGGGAACAACCGAAAACUUCGGGUUUGCGUUGCUACUUGCAACCGAGCUGAUUAUUCAAAAUUAGCUCCUAUUAUGUUUGGCAUUAAGGCGGAACCACAGUUCUUUGAACUUGAUGUAGUGGUGCUUGGCUCCCAUCUGAUUGAUGACUAUGGUAACACCUACCGUAUGAUUGAACAAGACGACUUUGACAUUCACACGAGGUUGCACACCAUAGUGAGAGGCGAGGACGAGGCAGCCAUGGUGGAGUCGGUAGGCCUUGCAUUAGUAAAGCUACCAGAUGUCCUCAACCGUCUGAAACCUGACAUAGUGAUUGUUCAUGGGGACAGAUUUGAUGCUCUGGCACUGGCCACUUCUGCAGCCUUGAUGAAUAUUCGGAUUCUUCAUAUUGAAGGUGGGGAAGUCAGUGGGACCAUAGAUGACUCAAUCAGACAUGCCAUAACCAAACUGGCUCAUUUCCAUGUGUGUUGCACAAGAAGUGCAGAGCAGCAUUUGAUAUCCAUGUGCGAAGACCAUGAUCGCAUCCUCUUGGCUGGCUGUCCCUCAUAUGACAAGCUUCUCUCCUCCAAAAACAAAGACUACAUGAGUAUUAUACGUAUGUGGAUAGGUGAAGAUGUAAAAACAAGAGAUUAUAUAGUCGCUCUGCAGCACCCUGUGACCACGGAUAUUAAACAUUCCAUAAAGAUGUUUGAACUAACGUUGGACGCACUCAUCUCCUUUAACAAAAGGACACUAGUUCUGUUCCCAAACAUUGAUGCAGGAAGCAAAGAGAUGGUUCGGGUGAUGAGGAAGAAGGGCAUUGAGCAUCAUCCCAAUUUUCGAGCAGUAAAGCAUGUUCCGUUUGAGCAGUUCAUCCAGUUAGUGGCACAUGCUGGCUGUGUGAUUGGUAACAGCAGCUGUGGUGUUCGAGAGGUGGGAGCAUUUGGAACCCCUGUCAUCAAUCUGGGAACACGUCAAAUAGGAAGAGAAACAGGCGAAAAUGUUCUUCAUGUUCGUGAUGCUGACACACAAGACAAAAUACUACAAGCUUUGCAUCUUCAAUUUGGAAAACAGUAUCCUUGCUCAAAAAUAUACGGGGAUGGUAAUGCUGUCCCAAGAAUUCUGAAGUUCCUCAAAUCUAUUGACCUCAAAGAGCCUCUGCAAAAGAAGUUCUGCUUCCCUCCUGUAAAGGAGAACAUCUCACAAGAUAUUGACCAUAUCCUAGAAACCCAGAGUGCCUUGGCUGUGGAUCUAGGUGGAACAAAUCUCCGGGUAGCGAUAGUCAGUAUGAAGGGUGAAAUAGUGAAGAAAUAUACCCAGCUCAAUCCUAAAACCUAUGAAGACAGAAUAGGAUUGAUUCUCAAGAUGUGUAUGGAGGCUGCAUCAGAAGCUGUAAAUCUGAACUGCAGAAUUUUGGGAGUGGGUAUUUCUACAGGUGGACGGGUGAAUCCCCGAGAAGGAAUCGUGCUUCAUUCCACAAAGCUCAUUCAGGAGUGGAGUUCUGUUGAUCUGAGGACCCCCAUAUCUGACGCUCUGCACUUGCCAGUCUGGGUGGACAAUGAUGGCAACUGUGCUGCUCUGGCAGAGAGGAAAUUUGGGCAUGGAAAAGGCGUGGAAAGUUUUGUAACGCUAAUCACCGGUACAGGAAUUGGAGGUGGAAUCAUUCAUCAGCAUGAAUUGAUCCAUGGAAGUUCCUUUUGUGCUGCUGAACUCGGACACAUUGUGGUGUCUCUAGAAGGACCAGAGUGCCUGUGUGGUAGCCAUGGAUGUAUAGAAGCAUAUGCCUCUGGAAUAGCUUUGCAGAGAGAAGCUAAAAAACUACAUGAUGAGGAUCUGUUGUUAGUGGGUGGAAUGUCAGUGAAGACGGAAGAGACCAUUAGUGCUGUGCAUCUCAUUCAGGCAGCUAAACUUGGGAAUGCAAAGGCUGACAGCAUUCUCAGAACAGCUGGGACAGCUCUAGGCCUUGGAGUAGUGAAUAUCCUGCACACCAUGAACCCCUCGCUGGUGAUCCUUUCUGGAGUUUUAGCAGGCCAUUACGUUAACAUCGUCAAAGAUGUGAUCCGCCGGCAGGCUUUGUUCUCUGCUGAGACAGUGGAUGUGGUAGUCUCAAAUCUGGCGGACCCUGCUCUGCUUGGAGCUGCUAGCCUGGUGCUAGAUUACAGUACACGCCGAAUAUACUAGGUACCUGGGGAAGUUACGGAAAUGGACAGUCCAGCUGUAUAACUGGGCGGGGGGUGGGGGGAAGGGGAGAAAUACUGUGCCCAAAGUACUUCUUGCUGACCAUCAGCUUUAUCUUCUGUAGUAAAGCAGACUAGUGUUUUAGGUAGUUAGUUACUACUUCAGUAUUUCCUUAUUGUAGUAAUACCUCUUUGUAUUUUUUUCUACCUUUUAGCCAAGUUCAGAUGAAAUAAUGUGCAUUUCCAUUAUUUUGUUUACCUCUGAAGCUUGGGAGCUCAAGUGUUGCUUAAGCGAUGCUAGACUUCUCCAUAAGCACAUUCCAGUGUUCUCUUGGGAUAUAUUUGGUGAGGUGUGCCAAGUUCUAGACAACACUUGGGAACCUUGGUUCUGUCUCGUAACUAUGUGAAACUAGAAAAGCCUGCAGACAAGCCCUGGUUUGUUCUGACUGAGCCUUGAAUUUCCUCGCCCUCACGCACAAGUGGAUGUGCUGCAAUCCUAACCCAUAGGGUGUUAGGGUGACCAGAUGUCCCGAUUUUAGAGGGACAGUCCUGAUUUUUGGGUCUUUUUCUUAUAUAGGCUCCUAUUACCCCCCACCCCCGUCCUGAUUUUUCAUAUUUGCUGUCCGGUCACCCUAUAGGGCAUCAUCCUGCUGGGUGGAAACAACACAGAGGUUGCCUCUCAGGAGACAACCGUGGCAGCUAGAGCUCCUUUCAGAGAAGGAUUCUUUUUGUUGUUAUUUAUUUGUAUAGUUGGUGCCGAGGGCUCCCAGUCAGGGAUCAGGGCCCUGUUUGUACACAAUGCAACAUGUGGCCAGACAAACUGGGGAGUGUGGGAGCGAGGUAGCACAGUGUCAUCUGUGCCUCCUCAGCAAUCGCUUUUGGCAGUGACCAGCAGUGAGUUACACCUCUACCCCAAUAUAACGCUACCCGACAGAUCACGAAUUCGGAUUUAACGCGGUAAAGCUGCGCUCUGGGGGGCAGGGCUGCGCACUCUGGUGGAUCAAAGCAAGUUUGAUAUAACGUGGUUUCACCUCUAACGUGGUAAGAUUUUUUGGCUCCCGAUGACAGCGUUAUAUCGAGGUAGAGGUGUAUUUGAAUUUGACCUGUUCCACUAAUUUGGAUGGAGGUUGUGGCGGAUUUCAGUUUCUCUGGGUUGCUGGUCUGCCACAGCAUGAGUCUGACCCAUGUUAGCAUGAUGCCAGGAUUAUUGAUGCCUUCAUUGCCUGUCAGCUGGACUACAGCAGUGCAAUAGCCCUGGGCAUGAAGCCAUCAGCACUCAGGAAACUCCAGCUGGUACAGAACAUGGUAGCACAUUGCCUUGGAAACCCAGGCUACUGCAAGCACAUCUGCUCCCUAAACCAGCUUCCUGGUAUGGAAUACUCAAUCAUGUUCAAGGUCGUGGCCCUUAUCUUCAAGGUGCUCCGUGGCUUGAGCCCAAGGUAUCGAAAAGAGUGCCUAAAGUUCUGGUGUGAAGAUCAUGAUUGACAACUGCGCUCCUCUGGCACAAUGAAACUUUCAGCCCUACAUGUCAAGCAGGAGACACAGCCUUCUCACAAGCCAGCCAGGGACUGGAACAGACUCUAUAAGAACUGAGACUAUAACAAACCUCCCCAGCUUCCGCUCCAAGCAUCAGAGACAUUUCUUGUACCAUGUCUUCUCUAACAUAAACAUGCACCCCCACCCCACCUUUCCAGUAUAUCUGUGUGUAUGCUAGUCUAAAACGUCCAGAACAAAACACACUUCUCUGCAUCGCGGCGGGAUGAGAAAACCACCAUGUGACAGAGGUUAGUCCCUUCGCUGGAAGGUGCACAGAUACUAUGGGGCUGAGCACCUAUAUAGAACAGGCUAGCUGACUGUAGCACCUCAUCCAGGGUGGAGAGCUUUCAGCUCCCUGUAUGACUCUGUCCUGUUAUGAGGAGAACAUGCAAUCUCCCCUCCAGCUUGCUCCUGAAUGAGCAGCCCUGCGUCCUCUCUGUCAUCUUCAGCCACCAAAACUGCCUGCGAAUGGACAGGCUCCCGCCUCCAUUCUAGUCUGCAAGGAUGCCGCUGCAGCUCUCAAUGGAAUGACAUUGCUCAAAGCCAGCACCAAGAACCAGCCCAUCACCCAGCCCCAUGGGAAGUUAUUUAUUUAUCUCAGACAAAGGCUUCUCUUGCCUCAGAAAAACUUCCCUUGUGGGGACCUCACAGUGUGUCCUUCCUUGAUCCCUCCUGAAAUCUUCAGCAGGGAGCCCCCUAGAUAUGUGGGCUUGCAGCUCUUCUCCAAGGCCCCUUCAGCCCAGCCCUAUGGUAGCCUCUCAGGACCAGCUUUCAUCCGGUUUCUGCAGACAUUGAAAAACCCAGAAACACUCUAGCGAGGAGUCAGGAACUAUUGAAGGAAGUGACAGGGACCCCUCCCUCCCACUCCACUAGCUCAGAACUUUAAACACACCAGAGAGCUCUGGGGCUCUGAGCAGCACCUCUGUGCUUAAUCCUGAGAGCUGGAACUCUUGAGCAGCAAGGCCCUAGAGUAGUAUGGUUGGGGCCACAGUGUCUUCCGUGCAGGGCCCUCAGCCAUGCCAUUGGCUUCCCCCAGCUCCCUGAGACUUUGCUACCCUUCAGGGCCUUGCAAGGGUGGGGAGGGGCUAGUUUUCUUUUGUGUCACGCUAACAUGUUAACGGAGAGUGGUCUUUGCGGGACGGGGGUUAAAUAUUAUUUCAGGUGCCCCUGGAGAACUUGCACCAGCUGCUCAGUACAAACUGGAGAAGAAAUGUAAGCCCAAGCCUCUGCAUCCCUAGGCGAGGUCUGAAAAACAUCUCCAGGGUGCUCACGGACACCAUACCAGGGAGAGCACCCCUGUCUGAGGACAGACCUCCAAAGAGGCAGUCCAACGUGGUGGCAUCAUGCAUGGAUGUGCAACCAUGGCCCAGACUUCUUCAAGGCUGUUUGGGAGUUCAUCCUGCUUGGAAUAUGGCCAGUGGGUUUCCCUACCAGUGGAAGUCAGAAAGACACUCUUGUGAAGGACAGUCACAGCUGGGGAGAAGGGCCAAGGGCCCUCAGACUUACUAGGGUGCCAGCUGUGCAGUUAGCCUUCCUGGAACUCUAGAAAUAACACUUGUGUGUUGUGGAGUAGCAGAUCUGAACCACAAGCACUUUGCUGCAGCAGGAGGCACUGCCCCCCAUCUGUGGGCAGAGGGCACAGUCAAGCCCCUGGGAGCCAGGUAUGUGACCUGGGCACUGGACACCAGUCUCUGCCCAGUUAAACAUUCCAGUUAGCAACACAAGAAUACGGCACUGAGACUUUAGACUGCAACCCAAGGCUCAGGUACUUUGCAGAGGUGCUGUGUUCUGUUCUCUCAGACCGCCAGUGUCUAUCCCAGAAUGACACUGACCGCACCAGAUGUGCCCAGUGAUGGUCACUGUUCUCUGUGAAGGAAACAAUCAAGAUUCUACACCUUCUUCCAAUGAGACCAAGCUACGUGCAGGGCUCAGGGUGGCCUCCAAGCCUGGUGGGCUUCUUCUCCUCUGCGCCCCCCCCCCCUUUUUUUUUAAUGGAAAUAGGACACUUCGCAGAGGCUGGGGGAUGUGCUGAACAAUUCCCGAGGAGCAUCCCCUCGACAAACAGCGGUGCUGUGAACGGGGUAGAAAUGGCUGCAUGUGAGAUCCUGCCUGCGCUUCAGCAAAGUCCCCUCUCAGCUGCAGCUUGAUGGGCACCGUGUCACCCAGCGCUACAUGGUCCAAGGUACACAGCUGUACUAAACCUGAUGUACAAGUGAGAGGGCUUGGCGUCCACUGAGGCCUGGGUCGCCCAGGCUGUUGCAGACCAGAACCUCAGUGAAGACCUUGUUCAGCGUAAGGUCCCUCCCAACAUGGGUGGUUUCACUGCUGCUUGGUGCAUAUCUAGAGCACACCAGAACUAAAGCCAAGGAAGGAGCCAUGGAGUUUAGUGAUUGUGUGGGACCAAAAAAAGAAAAAACUGGAAUGGGAGGGAGGGUGGAUGGUAGGGUCAAAACAAGAGCAUGGGUUGGGCACACCAAGCAGAGAAGCUGGCGUAGCACCUACCACUCUGCAAAGGGGCCACUGCACAGGCUGUGGGAUAGGCAGGCUCCACAGUCACAGAGAACAUCCCUGGUGAGCUCCCUCCUCCUAGGGUUGGGGAUGGCCAGUUGGGUCAGUGGCAGGAAGGUGACAAGGAGGCCUUGUGCCUGUAGCAUAGUGUGCACAGAUAAGGAGAGGUGGGGAGAAGUGCAGCCAGAACCUCAGCAGGAGGAGCCCACGGCUCCAGGAAGGAGCUGCUGAUUUAUGAACCUGGCAGGCCAUGGAAGCCAGUUGGAAGGACAGCACUUAAUGCAAGAUGGGCCCUGCAGUAGCCAAACAUGUUAGCGUGGCCUGUGCUCCAGGUUAUCAUCCUUACACCAGCCUUGCAAAAGCACCCUGCACAAAAUGGCCUUGCCUGCCCUCUGCCCAGGAAUGGGGAAGCUGCCAGGACUGGACCCUCUUGUCGCCUCUCAGGGGUGUGGAUGGUAGGAGUUGCCAGGCUGCUUUAAACAUUGUCAGGCCCUUUGUGUUAGCUUGAGUGUAAUUGCUGGGUCCAGUUGUAAUAUAUGAGGCUGCAGUGUUGGUAUCCCCAUGAGUGGGGGAGAGAGACCCAUAGUGCCACCUGCAGCUGGGCCAGGAAUAGCAGUGAAAGGGCUUGUUAUGAUGACAAAAGGCAGAGGAGGAGCUAUGAUUUCAUAAAUUGUGUGUGGUGGGGGGAAUAAGGGCUGAAGGAAGGUUUGAUCAGACCUGGGAUUUCUUGACACCCCCUCCCCCCCCAACACAAAGUUUCUUCCCUUUUGGUGAACCUACUGAAGGGGUAUUGCUGGGCAGCACUAGGGGAUACACACAGUGGCAUGCUAGUAAAGAUCCAACAUCUCAAAAGUGCCUAAAUCCCAUUGAUUUCAAUACUAGUGAGGGGCUUAGGUGCUUUAGAAAAUCCCACCUGCUGUCUAUCUGGUUCCUCAGGCACCUAAAUACCUUUAAAAAUCUGGCCCCCAUGACUUGGGCACUUUCAAAAAUGAGACUGAAACAGUUACUCUGUGGUGAUUGGUCCCUAGCACCUGCACUGAGCAGGAGCUGUUAUGUCAGUGCAGCUGCUACAAACAUUCUCCUGGGCUUUUCCCUUUAGACAUCACUGAUGUUGCACAGAAAAGUCUCUUCAAUUAAAUAAUUGCGUGGGGCUUUGCUAUAAGAAGAUCCUUCAGCUUUUGAAUGGUCUUAAAGCACUUUCCAAUGAAUUGCCAAGCUAGUAUGCCUGAAUUACAGCACAUUAGAGGGCAUUGUUGCACUUGAAUUAGAAACAAAAAAAGUGUCAAGCUCACAACCCUCAGCAAGUAAUAUGGGGAUGAGUUUUCCCUUAUGAAAUGAGAGCUGUGUGUCAUAUCUGGUGUGUGGGAUGCUGUGGAGUCUGUGCAUUGUGACACUCUGCAUGUAUUGAUUGUGUAUCUUCAUAGAAUUUUCAAGCAGUUGCAGGUAAAGUCCUUAGUCAUCAAUGUUAGAGAACUCUUGAUGCUACACUGAACUUCUACAAGGAACGUUCCUUUUUAGGCCAGCACCAGCCUUAUGUAGUAAAAAUAUGCUAGGCACUCUAGUGAAAACACUGAAGACAAACACAGUCCUUGUCUAAUUAAAGCUGUUUUAGACAGGUGCACCACCUGUAACUUAAUUGGUAAUGAGAAUAAAUUAAGUAUCAGAGGGGUAGCUGCAUUAGUCCAUCUGUAAAAGCAGCAAAGAGUCCUGUGGUACCUUAUAGACUAACAGAUGUAUUGGAGCAUGAGCUUUUGUGGGUGAAUACCCACU